AUGAGGAGCAGGGUCAGGGUGAAGGCCCAGGGUGAAGACCAGGGUCAGGCCCAGGUCAAAGGGAGGGGCGGAGCGGGGCGGGCUGGGCGGGAGCAGGAAGGGGCCGGGGCGGGAUCGCGGCGGGGGCUCGGCGGGGGCGGGGCGGGGCCGCGGCGAAGGCGGCGGGAGCGCGGCGAAGGCGGCGGGAGCGCGGCGAAGGCGGCGGGAGCGCGGCGAAGGCGGCGGGAGCGCGGCGAAGGCGGCGGGAGCGCGGCGAAGGCGGCGGGAGCGCGGCGAAGGCGGCGGGAGCGCGGCGAAGGCGGCGGGAGCGCGGCGGGGCUGGGCGGAGCGGACCCGCAGCUGGGUCGGGACGAGCUGCUCCGCGUCUUCUCCUUCUUGGAGGCCCCAGACCUUCUCUGCGCCUCGCAGGUGGACAAGGUCUGGAAUGAGGUUUCAAGGACCAAGGAACUGUGGAGGCAGCUGUGUCUGAGACACUGGUCCUCCUGCAAAGCCUCUGAGGUUGUCCUGGGCACACAGACAUGGAAACAGUACUAUCUCUGCUGGUCUGAGCUGGAGUUCCGAAUGGAAUCUGGGCAGCCAGGGAAGGACUUCAUCUGCAGAGCCAUUGCUGGGCAUGCAGGACAGAUAGAGGAGCUGGCUUACGUCACAACUAGUGAGUACCGGUUUGACAGGAGGGAGAAGUCUGUGGUUUGCACCGUGUCCUCAGACUGCACUGUGCGUGCCUGGGAUUUGCAUGAGGGCACAGAGAUCUGGUCAAGCCCUCUACAGCCUGCUGCUCUGGUGAAUUUGGUGACUUACCCUCAGCUGCAGCUGAUUGUCACCAUGGACAAGCAGGGAUUGAUUAAAGUGUGGAAAACAGAGAAUGGGUGGGAGGGGGCCUCCUUCUGUCUGUCGACAUUCUCAUCUGCGAUGGAGGCCUGUGAUCCAGAGGGCCCCUUCCUGCUGGUGGCCUGUGUUGAAGGGACCCUCUACACACCGACAGUGCCUCAGCUGCAGGUGGUCUCCAAGGUGUCUGUGUUUCCCAGCAACUCCAUGACCCUCAUCUGCUCUCCUGGCCGAGAGUGGGUGUUUGUCUCUACACAGAAUUCAGACCUGGGCUCAAAGGUGUUCUACACUCACUCCUUGCUGCACCCGUUGGAAGACGAGCCUCCUGUCUCCACCACCCUCCCCGUCUGGCUGAGAUCCAGAGCCUGCUGGGCUCCUGACGAGGUGGCCAGGCUGAUCGUGAUGCACAGAAAUGACAAUGGCAUGCAGCUGGUUGUCACUGCCUAUGAGUUAGGGGCCAAGAAGUCCAGGGAUAGAGUGAACAUUCUGGUGCAACAGAUCGCCAGUUUCCUCUUCCCAGACACCAUGGUGCCCCACCUCAUGAAGGGCCAUGGCUCACAGGUGAUCCUGCUGGUCUCUGGCGCAAAGCUGGUGCUGUUCACCAUUCAUGGCUUGAAGCUGGCUGCCUUCCAAGACCACCAGAAGCCCAUCACAUCCACGUGGGUGGACCCAAACCAAGUCAUCACCUCUUUCCUUGACUUCUCUUUGCGAGUCUAUGUGUGGAACAAAGGAAAGAAAUAUCCCAUCCUCAAGAGCUGCUAUCAUUUGCUUGGGGGAUCCCACAGAUGGGCCAGUAAAUUUACCCACAUGGAAAGCAACGGCAUGAGCAUUGUAGGCAUGGAAACCAAUAACAUGGAGAGAAGUAGCCUGAGGUCAUACUGCUUCAAGGUGCAGCAUGGCUCAAAGGGUGGUACCAAGUGA